CUUCCUCUGAGAUGUUGGGAGCACCUCAAACUCACAAUGUCUUUCAUACCAGCUGAGAUCCACUGCUAACUAGCGCUACCCACAGUCUGACUGCUUUCCAGAAACGUCAGGAAGACGUUUUCAAAGCUCCACGACUCUGACCAUAGAAGUCAAGGUACCUGUGGGCUUCAUCCAGGAUUUUGGAAAGGUGAGGAGCAUCUGAGGAUCUGAGGCUGCUCACAGACUCAUAAGGAAACUAAAAGCUCUUUAGGCCAAGAUGGACUCUCUCAGUCAAGACACUGAGAUGAAGAAAAAUGGCUACACAGAAGUCCACGGACCUGUGGCUGGCAUAUUUCUGGAAAAAACAAAGGAGAAGAUAACCAUAUAUCAAGCCAUGAAGAAACGUCUGCUUAAGCCAGGAACAGCAUUAGCCCUGCUUGAAGCACAAGCGGCCACAGUCGGCAUUGUAGACCCGAUAAACAAUCGAAAACUUCCUGUUGCAGAUGCUGUUAAAGAGGGUAUAGUUGGACAGGAGAUGAAUGACAAACUCCUCACUGCAGAGAAAGCCAUCUGUGGCUAUGUAGAUCCCUACACCAACCAAAUGAUAUCUGUAUUCCAAGCUAUGCAAAAAGAUUUAGUCCCAAGAGAUUAUGGAUUGAGGCUGCUGGAAGCACAGAUAGCCACACAAGGCCUGUUUGAUCCUGUUGAGAAGACAAACAUUUCAGUUGAAUCAGCGAUUCAAAAGGGCUACUAUGAAAAAGGUAUUCUCAAUAACCAGAUGUCAGAGCUCAAAGUGUUCUACAAUCCAAGCUCACAAGAAAAUCUCAACUACCAAAGUCUCUUAGAGAAGUGCACUGUGGAACCUGACACAGGCCUGGUGCUUCUUCCUGUUUGCAUUACCUUCAAAGGUCUGCGAAGAGGUAUUUCCUCUACUGCACUCCUUGAAUCAAAGAUCAUCAAUAAAGAAACAUUUGAUGACCUGCAGACGGGAAAGACCACAACACAGGAUGUGAUGCUGAUGGAAACAGUGAAAGAAUACCUGGAGGGCAAAGGCAGUAUUGCAGGCAUUGCUGUAUUAUCGUCAAAUCAGAGAAUUAGCAUUUAUCAAGCCAUGAAGCAAGGCAUACUGAUGCCUGGAACAGCACUAGUGCUACUGGAGGCACAAGCUGCAACUGGAUUCAUGAUUGAUCCUGUAGGAAAUAAAAAGCUCACUGUGGAUGAGGCCAUCAAAAACAAACUUGUUGGCCCAGAGUAUCAUGCAAAGCUGCGUGCUGCUGAGCGAGCAGUAACUGGAUACAAAGACCCAUACUCAGGUGAAACAAUAUCCCUGUUUCAAGCACUAUCAAAAGAGCUCAUAGUUAAGGAACAUGGGAUCCGCCUACUUGAGGCACAAAUCGCUACAGGCGGAAUAAUAGAUCCAAUCAACAGUCACAGACUUCCCAUAGAAGUGGCCUUAAAGAGAGGUUAUUUUAAUGAGGAAAUUAACACCAUACUAGAGGAUUCAGGUGAUGACACAAAAGGAUUUUUUGACCCAAACACAGAAGAGAAUCUAACUUAUCUUAAGCUGAUGGAAAGGUGCGUCAUUGAUCCCAUCACUGGACUGUGCCUCCUCCCACUCCUUGAUAAGUCAAAAAGGCACAAUUUUAACUUUAUUGACUACCAAACUAAAAUGGCCUUCAAAGAGGAGAAUGUGAAAGUGACAUGUGGUAAGUACAUGGGAAUGACUGUAUCUCUGUGGGAACUCCUGAUGUCUGAGUACUUUGAUGAACAUCAGAAGACAGACAUCAUUCAAAAAUACAAAGAAGGGAAGCUAAACAUCAAGAUGAUAAUCACAAUGGUUCUGCAAGUCAUAGAAACAUUUGUGAAAACAACUCCAGUCAUUUUUGAAGGCAUCAGAGAUACUGUCACAGCCAAACAGCUUGUGGAGGCAGAUAUUAUUAGUAAGGAGGUCCUGGAGGAUCUGGAAAAGGGAAAAAAGACAGCAAAGGAUGUGAUAAAUGAUGAAAAUGUGAACAUGUACCUACAGGGUAAAGACAGCAUUGCAGGUAUUCUGCUUCCUGAUUCUCAAAUCAUGACCAUCUACCAGGCCAAACAAAAAGGAAAGUUGAUGCCAGGAACUGCUCUGAUUCUACUGGAGGCACAGGCAGCAACUGGGUUUAUUAUUGACCCCAUUGGAAACAGGAAGUUUUCUGUAGAUGAUGCUGUCAAAGCAAAGAUUGUUGGCCCUGAUGUCUGCCAAAAGCUGCGCUCAGCAGAGAAAGCUGUAACUGGGUACAAAGAUCCAUAUGAUGGCAAAAAAAUCUCUUUAUUCCAAGCCAUGCAAAAAAAUCUCAUCGUAAAAGACCAUGGAAUUCGACUCCUGGAGGCGCAAAUUGCCACUGGUGGGAUCAUUGACCCAGUCAACAGCCAUCGCAUUCCUGUCCAUGUGGCCUAUAAGAAGGGAUACUUUAAUGAGGAAAUGAAUCAGAUCCUAAAUGAUCCAAGCGAUGACACCAAAGGAUUCUUUGACCCCAACAACCACGAGAACCUAACAUACUUGCAGCUCAUGGCCAGAUGUGUCACAGAUCCCGUUACAGGCCUGUGCCUCUUGCCACUCAAAAGCAAAAGUAACAAAGUUAACAUAGAUAACAAUAUUAGAGAAACGUUCAAAUCAGCAACAGUUACUGUUAAGUAUGGCAGGUUCAAGGGCAAGCACACAACACUGUGGGAUCUUAUAAAUUCAGAGUAUCUGUCUGAGGACAAAAGACAGGAGCUUUUCAAGCUAUUCAAGUCAAGGAAAAUCACAAUUGAGCAACUCAUUGUCACCAUUACAGAGAUCAUUGAGAGUAAGGAGAUAAAACAGCAAGCAGGGCUGAACUUUGAAGGUCUCAGAGGAAACAUCUCUGUUGUGGAUCUUUUGGAGCUUGAAAUUGUGGAUGAAAAAACAUACAACAGUUUGAUCGAUGGAAACAUGACGAGCACUGAUGUGAUGAAAAUGGACAGUGUGAGAGCAUACCUACAAGGGAAAAGUUGUGUGGCUGGGGUCAUACUGCAACCCUCCAAUCAGAAGCUAAGCAUCAAAGAGGCACAGCACAUUGGCAUUCUCACACCUGGCACUGCCCUUUGCCUCCUUGAAGCACAAGCAGCCACUGGAUUCAUUGUUGAUCCUGUGAAAAACAAAAAACUUACGGUGGAACAAGCUCUAAAAGAAAAAGUAAUUGGUCCACAGAUGUAUGAAAAGCUUCUAUCUGCAGAGAGGGCUGUUACUGGUUAUACAGACCCAUACAGCGGUCAAAAGAUCUCACUGUUCCAAGCCUUGAGAAAAGAUCUAAUUGUCAAGCAGCAUGGCAUCCGUUUACUUGAGGCCCAGAUUGCUACAGGUGGCAUCAUUGAUCCCUUGAAGUGUCUUCACUUACCCCUUGAGGUUGCUUACAGGAAAGGAUAUUUUGAUGCAGAACUUAAUCAAAUCCUAUCAGACCCAACUGAUGACACAAAGGGCUUUUUUGACCCCAAUACACAAGAAAAUCUGACGUACAUGGACAUGUUGGGUAGAUGUGUAAAAGAUAAGGAAACAGGACUGUUUCUCCUGCCACUGAACGACACAGCCAAAGCUAUGGGAACAAAGGUAAAAAUAUAUACUGACACACAAAUAAAGCAAGAGUUUGAAAAGACAGCUGUGAGCACAUCAGUAGGACGCUACUCAGGAAAAUCUGUUUCUCUGUGGGACUUGAUUCACUCUGGGUACUUCACUGAAGAUCAGCGUCUUGAAUUAAUUGAAAAAUACAGAGCAAGGAAGAUUAGCACAGAAACCAUAAUCACAAUAGUGAUUACCACCAUUGAAAAACUGGAGAAGAUUGAAACUCCCAAAAUGAUAAUGGGCCUGCGAAAACCUGUCUCGGCACAGCAACUACUGGAUUCUAAUAUCAUUGAUGCAAACAUUUUCAAACAAGUGAAAGAAGGAAAACUCUCUUUUGAAGCAGUAACCCAACAUGAACCUGUGAGUGGAUACCUAAAGGGAACAGGAAGCAUUGCUGGAAUUAAAAUUCAUCCAUCCCAGAAAGUAAUGAGCAUAUAUGAAGCAAAAAAAGAAGAUCUGUUGACACCUGGGAUUGCACUUGUACUGCUUGAAGCGCAGGCUGCAACAGGAUGGGUCAUUGAUCCUCUAAAAAACAAGUUCUAUGCCGUUGAUGAAGCAGCUCGAGAGAAAGUAAUUGGACCAGAUGUACUUGAGCAACUUCUCUCAGCUGAACGAGCUGUCAUCGGCUAUAAAGAUCCAUACACAGAUGCAACAAUAUCACUGUUUGAAGCCAUGAAUAAACAGCUGGUUCAAAGAAGUGACGGCAUUCGUCUUCUUGAGGCACAGAUAGCCACUGGAGGAAUAAUUGACCCAAAUCAAAGUCACAGGUUACCAGUUGAUGGUGCUAUUAAAAAGGGGUGUCUGGAUGGAGAAAUGCGCAAAAUUCUGUUGAACCCCACUGACGAUGCAAAGGGAUUCUUUGACCCAAACACCAAAGAAAACCUCUCUUACCUUCAGCUCAUAAAGCGAUGUGAAAAAGAUCCUAAAACUGGGCUACUUCUUCUACCCUUGUAUGAAAAGGACUCCCAUGUAUUUCACACAGAUGAGAAAAUAGAGCUUGCAUUCAAAAACAAAACUAUUGCCAUGAAUGCAGGAAAAUUUAAAAACAAACAGGUGACACUGUGGGAAGUGUUGCUCUCUGAAUACAUAUCAGAACAAAAAAGGCAGCAGCUCAUACAACAAUACAAGACAGGAGCCAUAAAAAUAGAGGAGAUCAUUGAAAUACUCACCAGUAUCAUUACAGAGGUAUCAUCCAAAGAAAGAAAGUUCAAAGGACUAAGAAAGCAGGUCUCAGCCAGUGAGUUGUAUGAGUCAAAGAUCAUCUCAAAGGAGCUUUUCACACAGAUUAUACAAGGAGAUGUAACCGAAGAGAAUGUCAACACAAUGGAAUCGAUUCAAAAGUACCUUGGAGCUACAAACUGUAUAGCAGGUGUCAGAGUUGAAUCUACAAAGAAAGUUAUGAGCAUCUAUGAAGCCAAAAGCAAGGGCCUGCUGACUCCUGGUACUUCUCUGGUUCUGCUGGAGGCCCAAGCUGCCACUGGCUUUGUCAUUGACCCGGUGAACAACAAGAAACUUUCUGUCGAGGAAGCUGUAGCUCAAAGAGUGGUUGGCAGUGAAUGGAAAAAUAAACUGCUUUCAGCAGAAAGAGCAGUGACUGGAUACAAAGAUCCCUACACUGGAAACACAAUUUCUUUGUUCCAGGCCUUGAAAAAAGAUCUCAUUGUGAAAGAUCAUGGAAUUCGUCUCCUUGAAGCACAAAUUGCCACAGGAGGCAUAAUUGACCCUGUUCACAGUCACAGAGUACCUGUACAGGUGGCAUACCAAAGAGGUUAUUUUGAUGAGGAAAUGAAUCAGAUUCUGUCUGACCCUGAUGAUGACACCAAAGGCUUCUUUGAUCCCAACACUCAAGAGAACCUCACCUAUCUCCAGCUGGUUGAGAGGUGUGUCACAGAUCCCAUCACGGGCCUGAGUUUGCUGGUCAUUGUGAAGAAAGGCGAGUUUUAUUUCUUUGUUGAUGAGGCCACAAAACGCAUUCUGAAAUCCAAAACAACAACCAAAGCAGGAGGGAAGUACCAAGGAACAACAGUGUCUCUGUGGGAUCUGCUUUACUCCAAAUACAUCACUGAGGAGAAGAGGAGAGAGCUUGUGCAACAGUACAAGUCUGGAUCAAUCACAAUCGAACGCUUUUUGGAGAUCAUCCUAACAAUCAUUCAGCAGCAGACCACAACAACAUCAUCAUCAUCAUCGUCGUCAACCACCAAAAGCCAAAUACCAGAAACAAAAGUGGACAGUAGCACAACAAAAACUACUGUGACCACUACAAUCACAGAGACAAGUCAAGUUCAAAACUUCCAUGGAAUCAGAAAGGAUGUUACUGCUACUGAGUUGCUGGAAUCAAAAAUCAUUGAUGAGGACCUCUACAAAGAUCUUAGAGCUGGAAAAGUCACAGUGACAGAAGUAAGUAAAAUGAACUCAGUACGUAAGUACUUAGAGGGAACUAACAGCAUUGCAGGGGUUUACCUUCAGUCCACAAAAGAAACCCUAACCAUCUAUGAAGCCAAAAGCAAAGGCCUGCUGACUCCUGGUACUUCUCUGGUUCUGCUGGAGGCCCAAGCUGCCACUGGCUUUGUCAUUGACCCGGUGAACAACAAGAAACUUUCUGUCGAGGAAGCUGUAGCUCAAAGAGUGGUUGGCAGUGAAUGGAAAAAUAAACUGCUUUCAGCAGAAAGAGCAGUGACUGGAUACAAAGAUCCCUACACUGGAAACACAAUUUCUUUGUUCCAGGCCUUGAAAAAAGAUCUCAUUGUGAAAGAUCAUGGAAUUCGUCUCCUUGAAGCACAAAUUGCCACAGGAGGCAUAAUUGACCCUGUUCACAGUCACAGAGUACCUGUACAGGUGGCAUACCAAAGAGGUUAUUUUGAUGAGGAAAUGAAUCAGAUUCUGUCUGACCCUGAUGAUGACACCAAAGGAUUCUUUGAUCCCAACACUCAAGAGAACCUCACCUAUCUCCAGCUGGUUGAGAGGUGUGUCACAGAUCCCAUCACAGGCCUGAGUUUACUGCCUUUGCACAGGUGAAGGAAAGAAACCAUUUCUACAAGCAUUUACUUUUAUGUCUUGCUUUCAUUAUUAGUUUUAUUUUCUCUCUUAGUUACAAAAUAUUUUACAUCUCUUUUUAAAUGCAUUUUCGGUCGUCUUUAAAAACCUGGAGAGAAAGGCCUGUAUACUGUAUUGUGUUGAAUAAUGUCAGUUAUUUGUGGUUGAAAAAGAGAACAAGGAAUGGAUUACAGAAAAUGUUCUAUGCUAUAAAUGAAGAGGUGUUUUGAUUAGUUUUUUUGUUACAAAACAAGGGCUGUGGCACUGAUACACCAAAUUAGAAUUCAGCCUUUAUUUAAACCCUUAAAUGAACCCAACCUUGUGAAAUUAAGAAUCAGGGAACCUCAUAGAUCGCAUUGGCUGUCUAAUUUUGAAGAAGAUAACCAGAGAACAUUUAUACACAGGGAGUGUAAUUAUUGGUUUGACCUUUUUUGAUAUGUCAAAAAUAUGCUGUGAAAGAGGCCUACUGGUCUUAUAAGACUUAACAUUGAAAAGUAAAACAUAUGUGUCUUAGGACUCAUUCAUGUGCAUUUUGUAUUUGUAUUAAGGCAAUAAUUGAUUCUUGAAUACAUAAAUGGCUGUAAAUACUGUUUCAGUUUGCAUUUAUGAUACUUCUUCUCACCGUUUUAACACCAUUUGUGGGAUCUAUGAAUUUGAUUGUUUUUUCACUAUUGUAACUAUGUGGGAUUCAGCUGCGCCUAUUAUUACCUUGCCUUUAGAAGCUGGACGUAUAUCAUGUAAGACAUAACAUUUGGGCAAAAUGUUGAAAUGUAUGAAUUGUGCUUUUUAUGUUAAAUCAAAUGUGAGUCUAGUGGAUCUAGUUUUGUUGUGCCUGCUUUGACCUCACACGCAAGCCUGACAUGCACUAAUUGGUCUGUUUUACUGUAAAUUCUUUCUUGCUCAAACUGCUUCACUGUGUGGCCGAAUAAAUAAGUGAGAUAUGAAUACUA